GUCCGUAAGCAACUCUUCUUCGUGCCAUAAUCUCCGCAUUACUUUUUCCUUUUAUGUCAUAUAUAGACACCACCGAUUCCAUAGCGAAGAAUUCACAACUCACGCAAAUUUCUUCAGAAAUCUAUCUUCUUCUCAGUCUCUCACAGCUUAUUUUGCACCAAGAAGUAAUGGAAACCCACCAUGAUGUAUUUGUUCUUGUAUUUGGAGUUCUUGGAAACAUUGUGAACUCCCUUAUUUAUCUGGCUCCUAUGGUAACCAUCUAUGAUACCUUCCAGGAGCAAACCAAGCAACAUUAUAAUGCCAUUCCCUAUUCUCUCUCUCUGUUCACUGCAAGUUUAAUGCUAUACUAUGCCCACCUUAAGGGCAACGAAGAAGCUUUGCUUCUUAUCACCAUAAACUCAAUUGGUUGCACCAUGGAAGUGGCUUAUCUCAUCAUAUGCUACAUUUAUGCCAACUUCAGAGCCAAGACAGUGAUUGUCCGAUGGGUGUUUUUGUUCAAUGGUGCGACAUACUUAGUCAUCCUAUUUUUAACUUCCUUGGUCUCACCAUUAAGUAAUAGGUUGAAAGUUGUGGGAUGGAUCUGCGCCACUUUCUCUGUCGGUGUUUAUGUGACUUCUCUGAUCAAUCCCAUGAUGAGAACGGUUGUGAGGACAAAAUGUAUAUCCAUGCCUUUAUUGAUUUCUCUGACCCUGAGUUCCAUCGUUUGGUUCUUCUAUGGCUUUUUUUCUCACGAUUAUUUCAUCGUGAUGCCAAAUGUACUACACUUUUGGCUUGGUGUUGCACAGAUGAUACUAUGCUUCAUCUACAGGAAUGGUGGUGCUGAUGAGAGAGAAAGGGUGCAGUCAGAAACUGGUGAGAUUAAUAAUGAAAAUGACGAGAUUUUGGAGACAAUAGAAAUGCAAAUUGCUGAGGCGAAGAACACAAAUGUUGAUCACCAAACAGACAACGAUGAUAUUAAGAAAAAAGAAAAUGGCAGCAGCAGCAGGGUGGAAUUGGAACCUUGUGAGAUUGUCCAUUUGCAGAACAAUAUUGUUGUUGUUACAAGAAACGGCACAAGAAUAGUGUGUAAUGAGAUCCAGUCGGUGGCGGAACCAGAGAGUGUUGAAAUUCCCGGAUGAACGGUGAGAAAAAGUAGAAAUUAACGUGGUGCCAAGUAACGUUCACAAUGUAUAUUGUUGUGAAUUGUAAAUAGAAAAUCUUGUAUUAUCUUAAUAAUAAGAUUUUGCUUAUGCAAAAUGAAAACCC